CUUCUUUCUCUAACGAACAGGCUUUAUAAAAUGGCAGUUGGUUUCAUGCUUGCUCAUCCGUAUGGGUUCACGCGUGUGAUGUCAAGUUUUCGCUGGCCAAGAUCUUUUGUAAAUGGACGGGACGUCAACGACUGGAUCGGACCACCGAGUAACUCGGAUGGAUCAACAAAGCCUGUUACAAUCAACGCAGACACUACCUGUGGCAACGGCUGGGUUUGUGAACAUCGCUGGCGUCAAAUAAAGAACAUGGUUAUCUUCCGUAAUGUGGUGGACGGUCAGCCUUUCUCCAACUGGUGGGACAACGGCAGCAAUCAAGUAGCUUUUGGCCGUGGUAAUAAAGGCUUCAUCGUUUUUAAUAAUGAUGACUG